GCCGCCCCCAUGGCGCCCCGGGCCCACACUGCGCGGGGCCACUAGGACCCUCGGUGUCCCCUCCCCCGCCCUGCCCCCUCUCCCGCGGCGCGGACUUGGGCGUCCACGGCGCCCAGCUUUUGAGCUCGCGUCCCCAGGCCGGCGGGGGGGGAGGGGAAGAGAGGGGACCCCCGGAUCCCCGCCCCCCCCACCCGGCCGCCCCUGCCCCCUGGGACCCGGGGAAGAUGUCUUCGCGGACGGCGCUGGCCCCGGGCAACGAUCGGAACUCGGACACGCAUGGCACCUUGGGCAGUGGCCGAUCUUCAGACAAAGGACCGUCCUGGUCCAGCCGCUCCCUGGGUGCCCGCUGCCGGAACUCCAUCGCCUCCUGCCCCGAGGAGCAGCCCCACGUGGGCAACUACCGCCUGCUGCGCACCAUCGGGAAGGGCAACUUCGCCAAGGUCAAGCUGGCCCGGCACAUCCUCACCGGGCGGGAGGUUGCCAUCAAGAUUAUUGACAAGACCCAGCUCAACCCCAGCAGUCUGCAGAAGCUGUUCCGAGAAGUCCGCAUCAUGAAGGGCCUCAACCACCCCAACAUCGGAGAAGUGUUUGACUACCUCGUGUCGCACGGCCGCAUGAAGGAGAAGGAAGCUCGAGCCAAGUUCCGACAGAUUGUAUCGGCCGUGCACUACUGUCACCAGAAAAACAUUGUACACAGGGACCUGAAGGCCGAGAACCUCUUGCUGGACGCCGAGGCCAACAUCAAGAUCGCUGACUUUGGCUUCAGCAACGAGUUCACACUGGGCUCGAAGCUGGACACGUUCUGCGGGAGCCCCCCGUACGCCGCCCCGGAGCUGUUCCAGGGCAAGAAGUACGACGGGCCGGAGGUGGACAUCUGGAGCCUUGGCGUCAUCCUGUACACGCUCGUCAGCGGCUCCCUGCCCUUUGACGGGCACAACCUCAAGGAGCUGCGGGAGCGCGUCCUCAGAGGGAAGUACCGGGUCCCUUUCUACAUGUCCACCGACUGUGAGAGCAUCCUGCGGAGAUUCUUGGUGCUGAACCCCGCCAAACGCUGCACUCUCGAGCAAAUCAUGAAAGACAAGUGGAUCAACAUCGGCUAUGAGGGUGAGGAGCUGAAGCCAUACACGGAGCCUGAGGAGGACUUCGGGGACACCAAGCGAAUAGAGGUGAUGGUGGGUAUGGGCUACACCCGGGAAGAGAUCAGAGAGGCCUUGACCAGCCAGAAGUACAACGAAGUGACUGCCACCUACCUCCUGCUGGGCAGGAAGACUGAGGAGGGUGGGGACCGCGGCGCCCCAGGGCUGGCCCUGGCACGGGUACGGGCGCCCAGCGACACCACCAACGGGACAAGCUCCAGCAAAGGCACCAGCCACAGCAAAGGGCAGCGGAGCUCCUCCUCCACCUACCACCGCCAGCGCCGGCACAGCGACUUCUGUGGCCCCUCCCCGGCACCCCUGCACCCCAAGCGCAGCCCAACCAGCACGGGGGAGGCGGAGCUCAAGGAGGAGCGGCUGCCCGGCCGGAAGGCGAGCUGCAGCGCGGCGGGGAGCGGGAGUCGGGGGCUGCCCCCGUCCAGCCCCAUGGUCAGCAGCGCCCACAACCCCAACAAGGCGGAGAUCCCCGAGCGGCGGAAGGACAGCACGAGCACCCCCAACAACCUCCCUCCCAGCAUGAUGACCCGCAGGAACACCUACGUUUGCACAGAGCGCCCAGGGGCCGAGCGCCCGUCCCUGUUGCCAAAUGGCAAAGAAAACAGCUCGGGCACCCCACGGGUACCCCCCGCCUCCCCCUCCAGUCACAGCCUGGCUCCCCCAUCUGGGGAGCGGAGCCGCCUAGCACGCGGCUCCACCAUCCGCAGCACCUUCCACGGUGGUCAGGUCCGGGACCGGCGGGCAGGGGGCGGGGGCAGCGGGGGCGUGCAGAACGGGCCCCCAGCCUCGCCCACGCUGGCACACGAGGCUGCACCCCUGCCCGCCGGGCGGCCGCGCCCCACCACCAACCUCUUCACCAAGCUGACCUCCAAGCUGACCCGUCGGGUCGCAGACGAACCUGAGAGAAUCGGGGGACCUGAGGUCACAAGUUGCCAUCUACCUUGGGAUCAAACGGAAACCGCCCCCCGGCUGCUCCGAUUCCCCUGGAGUGUGAAGCUGACCAGCUCGCGCCCUCCCGAGGCCCUGAUGGCAGCUCUGCGCCAGGCCACAGCAGCCGCCCGCUGCCGCUGCCGCCAGCCACAGCCGUUCCUGCUGGCCUGUCUGCACGGGGGUGCGGGCGGGCCCGAGCCCCUGUCCCACUUUGAAGUGGAGGUCUGCCAGCUGCCCCGGCCGGGCCUGCGGGGCGUUCUCUUCCGCCGUGUGGCGGGCACCGCCCUGGCCUUCCGCACCCUCGUCACCCGCAUCUCCAACGACCUCGAGCUCUGAGCCACCACAGCCCGGGUCCUUUCCUCUUCCUCUCUCGUUCCCUUCGCUUCUACAAGAGGAAAAGGGGACAGGGAGAGGAUUCUCCUUUUGUCAUCACCUCGGGUUCCAUGGAUUUGGUUGGGGACACAAGUUAUCCCCUCUGCUGUUCUCCGGGGCUGCUUGGCACAGGAGAAGGAUGAGGGGACUGAGCCGGGGGAGCGGGCACCCUCCUGGAGGCUCCAGCCAGUCCUGCUCCCCCUCACCCUGCCGUGGGGGCACCUGAGGAGACUUUGGGGGCAGGGCGGCGGGAAGGGACGCCGAGGAGAACAUUCCUCCAGCAGCUCAAGAACUAGGCCUCGGGCAGGGCAGGGGAGCUGCUGAGCCCAAGACUGGAGAACUCGUGGGGGGCUGGGAAUGGGGUCAGAGAGGCAGAGUCCUUCCCCUCCCCCACCCCUCAUGCUCGAACCCCAAUUCCUGCCCCAGGCUGGCGCGGGGCACUUUGUACAAAUCCUUGUAAAUACCCCACCCCCUUCCUCUGCAGAGGUCUCUCAAGCUGCCGCUGACACCUCCGGUUUUUAAGUUAUUACCCCCCACCCUCCCACCAGCCCCUCACCUGCAGCCUGUUGCCCAAUAAACUUAGGAGAGUCCCCCACACUGACCCAGGGCUUUUCCUUCCCUGCCCUCCCCUGCAGGUGAGUGGAGAGGAGGUGUGUGACCCGGGGCCAGUGGCUUCUCUCUGAGCCUGUUUGGUCAUCUGCAGAGCGGGGUGGCGGGUGUGAGGGUGAAGGAGUAGUGGGAAAGGGCAGGACAGAACUUGGCCCCAUCCAGGUCCUCUCUUGGGGACCCCCAUUUAUCAACUCCCGCCAACUAUAUUACACUGGACUCAGCCUCUUCCUACUCCAGUAGUAAAUUUAUUCAAUAAACAGUCAUUGACCAGUGCCUACUCCGUGCCCGGCCAGUGCUGGACCGGGAGACAUGGGGUGCCCUGUCUGUGGGUACAAACACCAGGGAAACUAUUGUCUUGGGGAGCCUGGAGAGAGAGUGAGGAGGGUUGGAAAAGAACCUCUAGAGGAGCUCAUACUGGAGUUGGGCUUUGAAGGAUGAAUAGGAGUUGGUCAGGACUUGGUGAUGCCCUGAGCAGAAGCCCAGGUGGAGGUGGGAGUACCUGGUCUGACUCCGGAGAGCUGCAGGUAAGUUCAGCGCGGCUGCUGCUGGGCAUGCGUGGGGAAUGGAGAAAUGCUGCAUAGGAGGAAUAGUCCGUCUCCACCGAUUAAGCAUAAAGGUAUUUAUUUGCUAAUCAAUAGUCCAGGGGCUCUAACUUCAGGUAUAGUUGGGUCCAGGUGUCAGGUCAUCUCAGCUUUCAUCAGUGUAAAUUUAAUUCUAAUGGAGUCCAAAAGAAACUCCUUUCCUGAUGGCAAGAGGUGACCCCAGCAGCCCCCAAGCAUCUGUCCCUCCUCAAUGCCAACUUUAAAUAAAAGUCCUGAGAGACCUGAUUGGCCAAGAUAAGUCAUGUGGUUAUCCUUGAGCCAAUCACUGGCUUUAGAGUGGCUGUGGCCCCCUAGCUAGAGCUGAACUUAGGGUUCCUCAAGGAGAGGCUUCCUGAGCAGAAGAGAGGUGGGAGCUACACUCCUUCAGCCCGGGCCUCUGGGGCCCAGUGGGCACACUAGGCUUUCUUCUGAGGCACUGGGGAGAGUUUUGCACAGAGAAGUUUAAUUGAUCCCUGAAGGCCUCCUCUGUGCAAGGUUGUCUCCAUCCCUAGCCUUGUGGAGCUCACGUUCCAUUGGUAGAGAUAGGUAUGUCUUCAGACUGACCAUCCAGAGGGGCAGAGUUGAGUCCAGUAGGUGCCUGCCUCAACCUAGGAGGGCUUCUUGGAGGAGGAGGAGCUGGCUACCCACAUGAGAUGGCAUGUGAAUCAGGGUGUGUAUGGUCACUGUGAACGAUGAUGAGAGUAGAGAUGUCUGGAGGGCCUUGAAAAUCAUGGAGAGGGGCCCGGGGGGGGGGGCACUGGGUGCCACAGCGAGGUUAUGAGCCAGGGAGAGUAGAGAGGUUUGUGUUGGGAUUUGGGGGAGGGGGAGAGAUGACGGGCAGGGAGGAGAGCAGAGUGGGACAGAACAUGGGGAGAGGAAGAAUGGAUUUAAGAGGCUUUUGAGGCAAAAUGGGCAGGACUUGGUAAACUACAGAUGCCUGGACUUCGAUGUGGCAGGCUCAGAUUGUCAGGAUGGAGCAUAGUGGUCUCUUUGGCUUCUGGGGAUGGAGCUGUGACUAGUGAUGGGAUCUUCAGUUGGGGAUAAUACUCUGAAGGUCAUCCCUGCAUCUGACAGGUUCUUCAUGCCUGGUCUUUGGGUGUCUUCUAACUUUCCUAUUUCAGCCAUCCUGAGAACUCACGGGGACAGCCCUGGGCCUCAGUUUCCCCUUUGUAAAGCAGAAGGCAGAUUGAUCUCUAAGGGCCCUUAACCUCUCUUUUUAAAUUUUUUUUUUUUGGUUGUAAAUGGACCUUUAUUUUAUUUAUGUAUGCAGUGCUGAGAAUCGAACCCAGUGCCUCACACAUGCUAGGCAAGGGCUCUGCCACUGAGCCACCACCCCAGCCCCAACCUCCCGCUCUUAAAGUUUGAAAAAGUGCCUCUGCCAGGUUCCUAAGGGCUCGGCUUCAUUUCCUUCUGAAACUUCUGUCUCUUUGGGGGUCCACCCCCAGUGUUCUGUGGAGGCCUUGGCCUGUUUGGCUGACAGGCAGUUCGUGGCAUGCCCCACAGAGCAGGUCCAGAUACUAACUGGUUUCUGUUAACUCCUCUUCCUCCCCCAGUUACUUUGCCAUAUUCCGUUUAGCUCUUUCCUGGGACCAAGCUCUAUAAAAGACCCAUCCCUAAAGACCACAUAGGAAGGCACCCUCCCAAGUCCCAAUCAGGAGGAGCAAUACAUGGAGCUGGGAAUUGCAGGGUACACACAGUGAAAAUCAAGUAAUAAUGAGGGGAGAACUGAACGAUGAGCCUUCAGCAGAUCAGAUGCAUUUCAGUGUGACCUUAAAGGAUCGCAAGUAAAAGGAGUGCUAGGAGAUAAGGGCGCCAUGGAAGGUUCUUGAGCAAAGAAAGAGAAGUUCAAAAGACUGGUAGCUACAGAGCGAUGAAGUCAAACUGGACAGGAGGAGGCCGGUGAGGAGCACACAGAGGUGGAUGUAUGUAUGGGGUGGGGAGUGUCUCAAGCAGGAGGCCCAUGGGCCAAAUUCAGACUUUUUUUUUUUUUUUUUUGUCUGCAUCUCUCCCUCUCUGAACUCUGAGCAUGAUUAAUUCACAGCCGAGACGGGGAAGUCCCUGGUGUUUGGCUAAGUGGCGGUGGGCCACUCUUCUGAGUCUCCGACUCCUCAUAGAGGAUUGCAAGUUUUUGUCUAGGUUUUGUACCCUAAUUCCGCCUCAUUUUAGAAAUGGGAUAAAGCAAGCCUAGCACGUGCCUAGAGAGGGCAGACCAUUUCAAGAACCCAGUGGCCAAUUACAAAACUGCUCCCUCCGCGUCCCUCAAUACUGUGCCACACAAAGCUAAGGCCACCACUGUUUUUAUUUCUUGCUUUGCGUGGAGAAGCAGGAGCUCCAGCAGUGCCGCGGGCGCCGCGUCGGCCGGAGCUCCUGGUGGUGGGCCGGGCCCUGGACACCCAGAGGUGAGGGAGGUUUUUCAUUGGCCAGAGCCCAGAGGGUGGAGCCCAAUGGCUGGAACUCGGGUGGAAUAGGAACUCCGAGUAGGGCGGAGAGAGCGUCCAGGUAACGGAACCAUUGUGGGCGGGACUCUGGG